AUGGAAUACGAAAAGUAUAACUGGUUUUUGGUAAGCAGUUAUCUCCAAAUUAUUCAAGUCCCUCUAAUUGCCUUCCCGAAAACAGGAGAUUGUUUCUUCGCCACAGACCUCCGUGAUGCGAUGAGGAUUCUAUCCUAUUGGGCGUAA